UCAAUUUGAGAAGAUGUAUUUAUUUUUUUGUGGAAAAAAAGAAAGUUAAAGGGUUGCUUUGAUCGCGCUCCACGACCAUUUCACACCUCUGUUUUUGACUGGAAAAUAUGUUUACACGAAAAUGGAAAAAAGAAGCAUGGACAAUAGACCUAUACGAAGCAUAUGAAGUCUAGAUCCAGAAAAAUUUAACUGGCUGCUUUACAACCUGUAGGAUUUAAACGCAUAAUAGGUUUGGUGAUGCGCAUCGAAGUAGAAACGAUUUAUUUCAAGUGCAAUGAAACCCAAAUUAAGCCGUAGAAAACAAACGUAGUCCGACGCCUCGAGGAGCUCUAAUUCACAGUCUGGCGUUCUUUCUGUCUGUGUUUGUUAUGCAGAACGAUUAAGGCUUGACAGUCGCUACAUAUGGAACCACCGUGAAAUUAGCUGGGUAGAUUUAUGGGAAGAGGGUUUUGAACGGUAAAAGGAAGCUAGCAAGAAGGAGAAUCGUUUAAUUAAUUGUGCAAUAAUGUAAAAUAAAUAUAAAUGUGAAACAUAUAUAAAACUUGGAGCAAUAUUCUUAAGUAGCCUUUGACAAAUCUGACAAAUCUGAUGCAAUCUUGGUAUGCAAUAUGUAUUUAUUAUUAUUUUGAAGUUUGAAUGGCUAUUGCUGGGGGAAUUCCGUUUUUGUUUGUGUUGCACUAACGACAGGGACACCUGCUCCGGUUUUCCAGCUUUUCUGUCCUUGGAUGAAGCUGUUUUUUCCUUUUACCUCAACGCCAAAAAUUUGGAAAUUUAAACCGAAGAGCUGAAAUCAGAUUUCAGCUUGUUUAAGAACCUGAGCUUUGAAAACCUGUCCUGAACAACAAGUGGGGUACAGCAAAGUUCCGGUCAGUAAACUGAAACUAUAUGAAGAUCGCGACACAGGUGUUGGGGUUCGCUCGCAGCAAUGCCAGUGCGUGCAGUCACAUCCACCUUCAUGUACAGGGGGCUCUGCACUAUUCCAGACAUCCUUUCCUACCGGACUCCUAUUAACCUCCCAGAGGACGAGCUGGAGGAGAUCCGCGAGGCCUUCAAAGUGUUCGACCGCGAUGGGAAUGGCUUCAUCUCCAAACAGGAGCUGGGCACGGCCAUGCGCUCGCUCGGGUACAUGCCCAAUGAGGUGGAGCUUGAGGUCAUCAUCCAAAGACUGGACAUGGACGGUGAUGGUCAGGUUGAUUUUGAAGAGUUCGUCACUCUGCUGGGCCCUAAGUUGUCAGCAGCCGGAAUGCCCGACAAGUUUCAUGGAACAGACUUCGACUCAGUGUUCUGGAAGUGUGACAUGCAGAAGCUGACGGUGGACGAACUGAAACGGCUGCUCUACGACACCUUCUGUGAUCACCUGACUAUGAAAGACAUCGAGAACAUCAUCAUGACAGAGGAGAGUCACAUGGAGAGUACUGAGUGCCAGGUCGACAUCGACACUAGCCCCACACAGCAAGGGAAGCACACGUGUGUGCGGAAGAGCCUGAUUUGUGCCUUUGCUAUCGCUUUCAUCAUCAGCGUCAUGCUCAUCGCUGCCAAUCAGAUGCUGCGUAGAGGCAUGAAGUAAAAACCCCUCCUCCCUUCACACGAGAAACACACAGACCAGUUCUCCUUCUGCGACAGCCUCCUCAAACUAGAGACUCAGCAACCAGUGACACAGCAAAAAAACAAAACAAAACACAAAUAACGACAAUGGAACUGAAACAAGGCCUUUCAUGGGGCACGGUGUUAAAAUGGCUGUCGCCGCCAUCUGUCAUCACAGACACACAGAUCUCCUCCCCUAACAGAGAAGCAGACCAAUCAGCACAGAGCACAGAUCACCCCCCCAACACACACACACUGCCACCCUUCUCUGUCUGACCCAGUAAGAUGGAAAGAAGACACAGACAGUGGCAUGGGGAAACACCUGCUUGCAUGUCCUUAAACUGCCAUCCAGACUCUACAGAGGACACGGACAGAAAGGUAAAGCAGGAUGACAAGAGUGAAGAAAGAAAGAAAGAAAGAAAGAAAGAAUGAAUGGGGGGAUGACAGAAAAGAAUGACAGAAAGAAUGACAGAAAUGAAGAGAAGGAAGGAAGAAGAAAAGGGAUUUUGUCUAAGGGCUGUUUACGAUACAUCUACAUGAAAAAUGAGAUCAGGUGUCCUUAGACAAGCUGGUGUAUAUCAUCCUAAUGCAGAAAUGGGCCAUAAACCACACUAACCAGGACAAAUCAACUGGGAUCCCCUUAUCUACACACGCUAUCACACAGGAAGCAGGAAAUGGGGGGUGCUAUGGAGCAAUGUCACAUGACUUCUCAUCUGUGUUGCCAUUUCUUAUGUCCCAUAAUUCCACUCUGCCAAUAUAUAAAAACUGAGCAUUAAAAAUGACCGUCUGAUUAUCAGCAAAUAAUCAGUUUAUUAUAUGCAUGAUGAGUCAGUUCAACAGAAACAGAAGUGAAUUUGUAAGGGGAAUGAAGCCCUCUGUGCUUCCACUGUGUUGUGGGAUUACAGACUCCUGACAGAUGUGGGUCCCUCACCACAGAGAGUGAGACCAUGAGAACAUAAAGGUAGGGUCAGUAGACAACCAUCACAUCAGAUCUCAUGGCCACAACACAGCCAUUACAGAUGCAGCUGUCAGAGCCCAUUACCAAACAACAGCUAUAACAAAUGCACCUGUAAGAUCCAAUUGCCUCAAAACAGCCAUUACAGACACACCUGUAAAAGCCCAUGACCACAGCACAGAUGCACCUAUCAGAACCCAUCACCAAACAUCAGCCUGUACAGAUGCACCAAUCAGAGCCCAUCACCAAAAAACUGCCUUUUCAGAUGCACAUAUCAGAGCCCAUCACUUCACCAGCUACAUGGAAACAACACACGAGAAACACAGACACAUCCACUGCACUGAAAACGAGAAAAAUCUCAAACAGAUUAGCACAACCCAAAGUAUACAGGCUGGACUGAAGGAAAAUGAAGUGUUGAUACUAUCAAUUGUCACAUCAAAAAUACAGGCAGUCCCAACUUAAUGACAGUGUUCUUUCCUGGAAACCAUACUAUAAAUGAUAAUCUGGAAUUUAGUCCUGUUUUCCCGUAGACACAAUGUUACAAAUGUGGAUUACGUUUCUGAACAUGGGCUAUAAUUUACCUCUAGACAAAUAUGGAAUUAUGUCAAAUAUCCAUAAAAUAUUGAUACUGUGUAAAUAUUUGUAAAUUUACAAAUAGAAAGUUAAGUAUAAAUAUUCAAUAUUGCAUCAGACUCUGCCCCAUAGUUUGGGUAUAACAGGAUAUGGAUACUAUUGAGAAAGAUUGGCCUUUCUGUACCACAGCAGGACUCAGACCGCAGACUGUCUCAAAGGAUAAAAUAAAUGUAUUUCCUUUAUGUUAACCUCACCACUUUACUAACUGAAAAAACAAACAAAAAUAAGAAAGACAACACAAUAAACUCAAUCAUUAGCCCUGAUUGAGAUCUUUGUUGCCAAACAUUUUUUCCUCAACACACUCCUUUUUUCUUGUGUUUUUUUCUCCUUGUUUUUUUUUC